CUUCAAAAGAAUCGAAACUUUUUAAUUGAAAACCUAAUUUCUGUAGAUUGUUUAAUUCCUUGGCGUUGGCCUUGUAGAAUACAUAUAGCUCAAUUCGCUCACAUAGACUUUGAUUUGGCUGUUUUAUAUGUGUUGUAUUGAUAUUUACGGAAUUUACUGCCUGUAAUGAUUUGUUAGAUUGGUGAUUGUUAAGUUAAUUCAUCUUACGAUAUUUUGAUAACACAGAUUAGGUAUUCGGCAGAAGAAUUGAAAUAAUGAGGGGAUUUUAUGAGACCUGAGCAUACAUUUGGGAAUGAUUGUUGUAUUCUUACUCAGGCGCUCGGUUAAGGGGAAAUGGAAUGUGAUUUUCAUUUGUUAUUGUCGGGUUAAGUGGUAUUGUUGGUUAGGAUGAGGAACUCAAUUUCGUUAAGUUGGUUUCUAAUUCCUUGGUUACCCCAUCAUGCCGCGAGAAUUGAAAUCAUUUCCGUGCCCGUUUCUCCUAAUUCUAGUUCCUGUUUACCAUCCAGCACCCCCUUGUUUGUAACCUGUUGAUUUCGGUAGUUUAUGAACAAUAUGGUAUGUAGAUCAAGAAAUAAGUUGGCGAGGACACAAUGAGCAACUCUGCAUCUGGAUCGUCUUCGAAAACGAGAGUUGGGUUGUCCCAGCAAUCAGAGCCUACAUUUAAGCGCAAACGAGCUGUAUUUCAGAAAGACUUGCAGCAUAUGAUGUAUGGUUUUGGAGAUGACCCCAAUCCCCUUCCAGAAACUGUGGCACUCGUGGAGGACAUCGUUGUUGAGUAUGUGACAGACUUGGUUCACAAGGCUCAGGAUAUUGCGUCUAAAAGAGGAAAGCUUUUAACUGAGGAUUUCCUUUACUUAGUACGGAAGGAUGCCCCAAAGUUUAACCGGUGCACUGAACUUUUGUCCAUGAACGAGGAGCUGAAACAAGCAAGGAAAGCUUUUGAAGUGGAUGAGGAGAAAUUGGCAACCAUAGAGUAGAAGUUGAUUAUGUUUAUUUUGUUUUGAAAAAUUAGAUGGCUUCUCCGGUAAUUACUAGUAGUACUAGUACAUGUUAUUCCAAAGUAAGUUUGGUUUAAUUUUUUAAAAAUCGGAUCGGUUCGGAUUUUUCCAGAUUGGGUUCUAGUUAUAUCCCGUUCGAAUAAUCGAUUUUUAGGCUUUUUUUA